AUGGGAAGAGCAUCCGCCACCAACUUGGUCGUCUUAUUUCUCUUGGUCGUUGCCACAAACAUUGCCGUCGCUAAAAUGCUUGCUGGUUCCGACGUUGCUGUCCAAAGCCUUCCUGACAGUACAAGUAUGCCUUCCGCCGCCGCUUCCGCCGCCGCCACCGCCGCUAAAGGCCUUGCUGCCGUUGGCACUGAUGAGGCGACGGCGGCCCCGGAAGGCGGCGGUAACCUAGGAGGCAGUUACGCUGACGAAACCGUCGCUAAAAGUAAGGGCACGGGCCAUUUAAGCCGUAAGCUUGGAGGGGAUGGUGGUUAUGGUUAUGGUAAUAGUGCCGGGUUUUGUCUCGCGUCGCUGGGAACGCUGGCGGCCGACGCUCCCUGCUUCUUAUCUCCUCUGCCUCCACCAAACAGCAACAGAUUUCUGGAGUCCAACCUGUUAUUCAUCAGGGUCUCGAGCAUUGACGGUUUAGUGUCUUAUGCUUCCGGUCAAAAUAACAUGGUGUCCGGGUUUCAUCAAUCAGCCUAUAAUUCUUUUCCCUUUGGGAAAUUUGGAUUUGCUUCAUCUGCUUCACCCGAGCAAACAGAAAAGGAACAAGGUGCUACACAGAGCAAUGACCAAGGGAAAAUAAACGGAGAUGCGGACUCAGGUGCUCUUUCAGAAGAUUCAGUGUCUAGAGAGAGCAAAGAGCCAGGUUCUGAUUCAGAAUCUCAAGCAACUGAGUCUGCAUGUGCUAAAAGGAGAAGGGGUAGUACUAAACGAACUGCAUUUUCUGAUUCAGAUUCGGAGGAGGAUGCUGAUGAUCUGUCCAGGGAUGACUUGUUGAAGCUUGUUGUUGAGAAGGAUGAGCUUUUGCAGUCGAAGCAGGAAGAGUUCCUGAUGAUGAAAGAUAAAUUCCUCCGUGCCUUGGCAGAGAAUGAGAAUGUCAUGGAAAGGACUAAACGUGAAGCGGAGAACUCUAAAAAGUUUGCCAUUCAGAAUUUUGCAAAAGGUCUGCUGGAUGUUGCAGACAACUUGGGAAGGGCUUCUUCAGUUUUCAAAGAGAGUUUUGCGAAGAUUGAUACAUCUAAAGACAGUGCUGGAGUGGUGCCACUUGUGAAGUCGCUUUCAGAAGGAGUCGAUAUGACAGAGAAACAACUUGGGGAGGUAUUUAAGAAGUUUGGUCUGGAAAGAUUUGAUCCAACAAAUGAGCCUUUUGAUCCACAUAGACAUAAUGCUAUGUUUCAAGUACCCGAUGCUUCUAAACCUCCAGGCACAGUUGCACAUGUUCUGAAGGCAGGAUACAUGCUCCAUGAACGGGUGAUUCGACCAGCAGAAGUCGGUGUUACUCAAUCAGUAGAGAAUGAAGCAGAGGCGGACUCUUAA